UACAUGCGUGUAUCAUCUGUGCAGAAAGCCCAAAAAGGUUCUGUGCUUCAGUGCUUGUGAGACCAGUACGGGUUUUUAGAGAUUAGGUUUAGGAUUAAAAUGGCUGAUUUAGAUGAUUUCUUUGCGAAAAAGGACCGAAAGAAAAGUAAAGGUAAAAAGUUUACGACAACAGACGAAAUAGCCAAGAAACUUGAAGAUGCGGGUAAAAAAUCUGAAAAGGUAAAAAAACCCAUGCCGUUACAGCAGAUUGGCACGGAUGGAGAUGAAAAUAUUCACCAGACACAGGACGAAGAUGAUGAAUGGAAGGAAUUUGAAGAAGAAAAGAAGGAUUACUCUGGACUCCGUAUUGGAAACUUAACCAUAACAGAAGGUGAUAGCGAGGGAGGUGGUUGUGAUGGUGAAGAACAGGAUAUUAUGGAGGAAAAUGAAGCCGGUGAACUAGUUCCUCGGCGCAAGGUUCAGUCUGGGCCAUGGAAAAUCGUUGCUCCACAAUCCCAACCUGAACCAGAACAGCCAGUUGAAGAUAAGCAUAUUGAGUAUAUGCCUACAGGUGGUUCUGCAUACUUACCACCACACUUGAGGAACCAGCCAAGGGAAAUACAUUCUAGUCCUCGGAUGAAGAACAGAACUGCACCAGACAUAAAUAGUGAAGAAUUCUUCCCCACUCUAUCUGCUUCAAAGAAUGUGGAUCCUAGAGCUCAAGGUCGAAAGAGAAGAGAUGAGGGUGCUUUUGAAGAAGUCCGUAACAGCCGAUCCCAUUCCAAUCGAUAUGCAGAGAGUGCUAUGGCAGCCUCAGGACCACGUCUCAGUUUGGGCAACAAGUAUGGUGCCCUGAGUCAAGAACAGAGCUGAGACUGGCCUGACCUCCGCCCCCCCCCCCCUCCCCCUCCUUUAUACACACACACACACACACACACACACACACACACACACACACACACACACACACUUUUAUUGCUGUAAAUCAGUUGUUGGUAUUUUUUAUUGAUGUGUUUUCAUUCAUUUUAGUAAUUCAAUAACUACAAGAGCUUGUUUCCACCAUAAUUAUUAAUUAUGGCAGUGUGACUUUCGUGAUUCAUGAAGAACAAACCUAGUGGAUGAAGCCAUUUUACCUGUAUGGUGGGUGUAAUAGCUUCUGGCUGUUGUGAAGUGUCUCAUUCUAAAAAAGAAAAAAAAGUUGAAAUACUGUGAAGUGCUUUGUGGCACGAACAAGUUUGAAUGAAACUGGUGACUGUUAAAAGAGCUUCAUAUGUUUAUAGAAGAUAUUUGAUGAUUUACAAUAAAAAGCUCCACAUGUG